AUGGUCAUGUUUGCUCAGUACGUGCAAGGAGGCACGUUUGGCAAAGCCGCUAAAAUGGCCGAGGAUGUCACCGACCUCGGCAAAAGGUGUGCUGCUGCGGCCAGAGACAGCCCGGAUUGCCUGAAGCCUUUGGACAGGAUUUUCCUCGAUACGAUAUGCCAGGAGGAAAACCUCCCCAGGUUUACUGACUGCUGUGCCAAAAAGGACCCUGAAAGACACGACUGCUUCCUCUCCCUCAAAAACUCAUCGAGAGGGUUCAUUUCUCCUUUCGAAAGGCCAAAUCCUGAAGCUGCCUGCAAAAACCACUCACAGCAUCCACACCGAUUAACAGGACAUUUUAUCUACGAGGUUUCCAGAAGGCAUCCCUUCCUCUACGCCCCAGCGAUCCUUUCUGUCGCCGCCCGUUACGCGGAGAUGAUGCAGACCUGCUGCGGAAGCGCUGCAGACCCCGCUGCCCAGCUGGAGGAAUGCUUUCGGCGACAGGCCCCAAAGGUGGUGAAACCAAUCAAAGACGACAGCCUGAGGCAGGAGCACACCUGUGGAAUCUUGCAGAAGUUUGGAGACAGGACCCUAAAGGCCCUGAAACUCGCUCAGAUAAGCCAAAAAUUCCCUAAAGCUGAUUUUGUCACCGUAAACAAACUGGUGACGGAUGUUGCUAACAUGCACCAGGACUGCUGCCGUGGAGAUAUGCUGGGCUGCAUGCACGACAGGGAAGAGAUUCUACACUACGUCUGCACCAACCAAGACAUCCUAUCAAGUAAAAUUGGGAAGUGCUGUGAAAAGCCUCUGCUGCAAAGGAGUGAAUGCAUAGUUAACGCAGAAAACGAUGACAAACCUGCCGACUUGUCCCCCCACGUCAGGGAGUUCAUAGAAGACGAAGGAGUAUGCGAACGUUUCGCCCAGGAAAAAGACACUCACUUGGCCAGGUUUCUGUACGAAUACUCCAGGAGACACCCUGAAUUUUCUCCUCAGAUGCUUUUAAGGAUUGCGAAAGGCUACGAGGACCUACUGAGCGAGUGCUGCCAGGCCGGCGCUGCGGACGACUGCCGCAGCAGAGGGGAGGAAGAACUGAAGAAACACAUUUAUGAAACGGAAAGCGUCAUGAAGACAAGCUGUGACAUUUACAAGGAGAAAGGAGAUUACUAUUUCCAAAACGAGUAUAUAAAAUUCACCAAGCAAAUGACCACGAUCGGCUCCAAGUGCUGCCAGCUGAGCCAGGACAAGCUGCUGCCCUGUGCCGAGGAAAACGUGAGUGAGCUUUUGGAUCUCGUGCUUGGAGAAAUAUGUAGAAGGCACCUGACCGAUCCGAUAAACCCUGGAGUCUGCCACUGCUGCAGUAGCUCCUACGCCCUCAGGAGGCCAUGCAUGGGGAAACUGGACGUCGACGAGAGUUACGUGCCCUUAUCACUGACUCCUGGUCUGUUCACUUUCCACGAAGACCUGUGUACAACCGAAGAGGAGAAGCUACAGCACAAGAAGCAGGAGUAAGCCAUGCCUGUUUUACUCGCUUACCCGAUGCUCAUCAACCUCAUCAAGUACAAGCCCCAGAUCACCCAGGAGCAGCUGACCUCCGUCACGUCCCCUGCCAUGAGGGAACAGUGCUGCGCAGCAGGAAGCCCCGAGGCGUGUUUUGGGACGGAGCUGACUGCUAACCGGAGACCUGACCCAAGCAGCCUCCUGCUCGCCCGCAGCGGUGUGCAGAGACCGAGCGCGGCUGCGGGCGCUGCUCCCGGGGAGUCCCCGGGACUCGCCCUGCUGAAGGACGCGGGCAACGGCCUUUCCCUGGCUAGCAGUUCCUAA